CUUGUCUCCCUUGUUCACUUCCGCUUUGGCUAACACGUGAGCUUCUGUUAUUUACACGGUGUGAGCAAGUAGCAACUUUAUAGAAUGGUUUUAGAAUUAUGACUUUACUGUUGUACUGCAGUUCAGUUUCUGAGGAUCGUUUAACUGUUCUGUUAUUUUAAUUUUAUGUCCCCAUUGAAGUAAGAGUGUGUGUACAAAGAAUGUUUUAGUGAGUGUUCGACUUAUUAACUGAAAAGAUCGAGAAUCUGUCGGGUAAAGACGAUGGAAGAUACAGAGUAUACACCAGGCCUGGUUGCUCAGAUACUGGGCAACAAGGAGAAGAAAAAGUCAUCAGAAAAAUCGGAUAAAAGGCUGACCAGUCUCUUUGCUGCCACUAAGUUAGCUACUCCAUUGUAUGCCAGUCCACCGGUGUUAAAGAACCAGGUCGAAAAGAUUUCUAGCGCUGCCAGUGGAAGUAAAAUUCCAGGCUUCAACCCUCCUCCUGGUAUUGUGCAUGAAAGUUUGCGAAAAGCAGACAAGGCAGACAGAACUCAAAAAAAGAGAGCAAAGUCAUCUAUUGCUGAAGAUGACAGCGAUGAAGAAGAAAGGAGGGAACUCAAACGUCCAAGGCGAGAUAGACUGAAAAAAGUGACAGAGAAACGAACAAUUUUUGUGGGAAAUGUGCCAUUGUCAUUUGACAAAAAGAAACUCGCAAAGCUUUUCCGGGAGUUUGGUGAGAUAGAAAGCAUCCGUUUUCGUUGUGCGCCUGUGGCUGAUCUGACUUUGCCAAAGAGAGUUUCAGUGAUCAAGAAAGAAUUUCAUGAACAGCGACACAACAUUGCAGCAUAUAUAUGUUUCACUCAGGAAGCUGCAGCUAAAACAGCCUUGAAUCUAAAUGGACAUUUGGUAGACGGCUUGCACCUGAGAGUAGACCUUGCCUGCAAAGAAAAGCAUGACAAUGCGAGGUCGGUGUUUGUGGGAAAUCUUCCAUUCACUAUAGAAGAAGAAUCAGUUCGCUCUCACUUUACUGACUGCGGUGAGAUAGACAAUGUUCGUAUCAUUCGGGAUCGUAAAACAAACCUUGGCAAGGGAUUCUGUUAUGUUUUGUUCAAGUCUAAGGACAGCGUCUCUCUUGCCAUGAAACUACAAGGCUUAAAACUUGAAGGAAGAGAGCUUCGUAUACAGAGAUGCUCAGAACAACCCACUCAAUCAAAGCAGCUGAAGAAAAGUGCUUUAACACCAACAGGAAAAGGUAAGGAGACCAAGCGUGAGCAUCGCAAGUCGUGGGGACCAAGUAACGCUACUGCGGCUCUCAGAGGAACAAAAACAUCUUUCUUCAAGACGCUGGCCAAACGGAAUAAAAGUAAAAAGAAAAAAGUGGACGAAGUGACACGAGUGCUAGGACCUGCCAGCCAACCCGCAGUACCACACGUGAAAAGGGGUGUCAACAGAAAGGGGAAAUUGAAGGGCAACAAGAAUGAGCGUGUCAGCAGAAAGGGGAAAUCAAAGGACAGCAAGAAAGGGGCAAAGUUUUCUUCAGGCAGGUCAAAGAAAAUAAAAAGAAAUUGAAGUUGA